UCGGAGGGAGGGUAGUAGGGACUCGCAGGUGGCGGGAAACUUAAAUAUGAUUUGGCGGCUGGGAAUUUGGUGGCUGGGAAUUUGGUGGUUGGGAAUUCGCGAAUGUGUGAAGCCCGUGAAAGUUGAAAACGUGAAUGUUGAGGGAGACCUGUACAGUGAAUUGUAUAAUAUAUUCAUAUAUGAAGUAAUUUUUUUUUUUUUCAACAAGUUGGCCGUCUCCCACCGAGGCAGGGUGACCCAAAAAAGAAAGAAAAUCCCCAAAAAGAAAAUACUUUCAUCAUCAUUCAACACUUUCACCACACUCACACAUUAUCACUGUUUUUGCAGAGGUGCUCAGAAUACAACAGUUUAGAAGCAUAUACGUAUAAAGAUACACAACAUAUCCCUCCAAACUGCCAAUAUCCCAAACCCCUCCUUUAAAGUGCAGGCAUUGUACUUCCCAUUUCCAGGACUCAAGUCCGACUAUAUGAAAAUGAGUCAUACUGUAUGUAAUUCUUUGCACAAUAUUCAGCUUUUAUUUUUCCAAUGGCAAUAUGAAUGCAAAACUUCCAUUACAUAAACUAUAUCUAAUUCUAAACCCAAUAACUUCUAGUCAAUUUCAGAUUGGAAUGCUCACAUCUAACUAUCAGAGAAUCUCUCUCUUCCUCUGCACCUUUUCAAACUUUGUAAACUAUGAAGCAGAUGCAAAUCAGCUUCUGAAUGACGGUAAUUUGAGCCAGCAACUGUACACAAAAAUUAAUGGGUUAAAAAGUGCUAUCACUGAUUACGAAUAUAAUGAAGACAUGCAUAAAUGGGUGUUGGACGAAGAAGAAAUUUAUGUACCAAACAGGAUGACACAUCAAACAAGUCACCCUGCCUCAGUGAGAUACAGCCAGUUUGUUGGAAAAAAAAAACUGUACUUUGUAUGGUUAGAGAAGAACCUGCCUCGGAUGGGCCAGUAGACCUGCCGCAGUGCUCCUUCUUUAUUAUCUUCUUCAGUAUGGUAUAGAAAAAACUUAGAAUAUGGAGCAUAAGGAAAAACUACUGUACAUGGGAUUUUGUGCUGGAAAAUGAGAGCAUGCAAUGUAACUGGCAAGAUGAUAUGGUGUAAUUUGGAAAAGAGCUUUUAUUGAUAACUGAGUGAUAUAAUAAUAUAAGAAAAUUGUUACUUAGGAUAACUCAUAACGUGACUACCAAGAGUAAUAAAUGCUAUAAACUUUGUUUAGUUUAUUAAAUCAAAUGUUUAUGAUAAAGAAGAAAACACACACAUUACACAUCUCAGUCAUUUAGGUGAUAGCACAGAAUUUAAAACAUUGUUUCAAUGAAUUAUGAUGUGUUAAAUUCUUAAAAGUUGUCAAUCAAUAAUGUGGAAGGAAACAAUAACAUGUAA